CUCGUCUCCUGUCGAGGUUCUCACCGCUCGUUUUGAUCUCGCCCGGGCUCUACUUUCGAACCCCGCGUCGUCUUCUGUCUCUCUCCCUUCCCUGGUCCUUCGACGCGACCUGCUUCUACCUCUCAAAGUUACCAUGCGCUCCUUACUUGUUGGUACAUGGUUGGCGCUCUUAAGCUCUAGGGUGUUCGCUGGAAUGCCUAGCAAGAUCUACGGUGUAAACUUGGGUUCUUGGUUGGUCCUUGAAGCAUGGAUGCUGCCCCAGGAAUGGUUGGACAUGGGUGGCCAGUCCUGCACGACCUGUUCGGACUGCAUCGCUACGGAGUCCUCAUUCGCCAGAGCCUAUCCCACCACUGUGGACCAAACUUUCGCCAAACACUGGGAUACCUGGUUCACCCAGGACUACGUUUCCCAGCUUCAAGCAGCCGGCAUCAAUACCGUCCGUGUUCCCUUGGGCUACUGGAUCGUCGAGGCCCUGGUCAACAGACCCGAGGAGAUGUACCCACGGGGUGGUCUGGCGUACCUCCGUCGUGGAUUAGGAUGGCUCAAGGACGCUGGGAUCAAUGCUAUUUUGGAUCAUCAUGCGCUGCCCGGAGUGCAGACGCCGAAUCAACAGUUCACCGGAAACUGCACGACGGAUAUUCAGUUCUACACCCCUUAUAACUACCACCGUGCUUUGGUGUGGACAGCGGUGAUGACGACGCUUGCGCACAUGGACUCUAACUUUGGCAGCGUUUUCGCCAUUGAGGCCGUCAACGAACCUAUCACCGACGCGAACGAGACACCGGGCUACGGAACCUUUCAAAAGAACUUCGUGCAAACCGUCCGCGCCGUCGAACUUGUCCUGGGAAUCACAAUCCCCGACUUUUCCUCACUUAACGUCGGGAUGUCCAGCAGCAACUUCACUGCUGCGCUCGGCUCCGCGGCCGGAGCGUCAGUUCUCAACCCCGCUGUGCAGGCUGCGCUCACCGACGCUGUGCCUAUCAUCUUGGAGAUCGCGGCGGAGUUCGGUAUGCAGAGCGCGUUCACAUCGGAGGGGUUCCAGUCGCAGAGGAGCGCUUUGACGACCAACUUCAUGGAUAUCAAUUGGCAGUAUGACAACCCACCGAAUCCGGCUAACGCUGCGAUUGGGCCGCAGGGAUACGACAACCAUCUCUACUAUUCGUACGGUGGCGUGGCCAAUGCGACUCCCGAAGCAUACCUCACUAGUGUCUGCAACUUGAACCGCAUUCAAGCAGAUGCAGCUCUCGGUGACAACCCGCUCUGGUUCGGCGAGUGGGGUCUGCCCACGCAGUUCGACGCGACGGACGAGUUCCUCUAUCAGUGGGCCGAUGCGCAGAAGUACGCGUAUAGCCAGGGCGCCGGGUGGAUUUUCUGGAACUUCAAGACCGAGAUAUCUGAUUUGACGAACGGGACCGCGCUCGCGCGCCAGUGGUCCUACCUCGAGGCGCUCAAGAUGGGCUUCUUUACGCAGGACCCGGCGCAGCUGAACGACCCGAACGUCUGUGCACCGUAUAUUAAUAGCACUUCGUCGUCGUCUUAGACGAAUGGGCGGCGUGAAGGUGACGGAUGACGAUGUAUCACGAUCUUUCUUGAUU